CCAAGGAAGUGGACGCCAGCACUGCGCGCCGGUGUCCAGGAGCCAUGAGAGGCCUCCAUCUCAUCCUGCUGAUGGCGCUGCUGUGCUCCGACCGUGCCCUGAGCCUGCAGUGCUAUAGCUGUCAUGAUAACCAGUGCGGAGUCCUCCCGUGCAUAGGCGUCUGCUUCAAGAGCCACGUCGUCUUUACCCUGGCGGGAGGGCAGAAGACGAAGUCGUAUAUUUCAAGUUGCGCCCCUUCUUGCGAGUUUGCCUCAAACAUGUUGCAGAAUUCUGUCGCAGAGGAGUUGAGUCACCUGCACCCCGGCUUAACGAACGAGAAGGGUCAGCUGCUGUACACGUCUGAAGUACAAGGCCUCUCUUGCUGUGGAAGUGACCUCUGUAACGGGGUGGCCCAGGUGGGGCGCAGCUUCUGGGUCUUCGCCGGGGGGCUCCUGCUCAGCCUGGGGCCAGCCGUCCUCUGGACCCUGUAGUGAGGACAACCCCGCUUCAGGCACAGGGAAGGGCAGCUGUGUUCCACAAAGCAGAGCAGAGGCCCCCGCGAGCUCGCCAGUCCACUGCACACCUGCACACCCUCAGACCUGGGCCUACUCACGAGGGCUCCUCAUACACCAGGGGCCCAGGGAAGGAGGCCAGCCCCACCCUGAGGUGACCCUCGGCCACUCUGGCCAGCGCCCUGCUGUGCCAACAAGCCUGUCACAUUUUGCUGCCACCAUCAAUUAACCACUGACCCAGAGGCAGAGACCAGGGAGCCCUGGCUGGACGGGUCUCCAGGAGAGCAGCACCCACUGCCCUGUGGCCAGUCCUGCUACCAGUGUGCCCACACCAGAGAAAAUAAACCCUUUCUAGCACCCACUGGCUCUUAGUCAUUCAGACCUCAGCCAUGCGAGAAGCGCUUCCUCCAAUGCGCGGCCUGCCCUCCGGCCCCCACCCCACCAGGACUUUCCUGGGCAGCUGCCAGGGCCCGGUGGUGGAGGAGGUUCGGGGAACUGCAGGGUCCCCUCGGUCUGGUCAUUCACUUUCUUCCCUUCUGAGCACCUGCCCCCAAGGGGGCCCAGGCUCACAGGAGCCUGCUCCUCACCACGGGAUAGGGGUGGCCAGGGCUGCCCUCCUCCCCAGGUCCCCCAGCUGCAUCUUCCAGGGAGAGAAGCCCCCACCCUUUCCUGCCCCCUGGCCCUGAGGACUCCCUGAGUAUGGGUCCGGAGGGCCUCAAGACCAGAGUGGGGACCUUACCAAAUGGGGAACAAGACAUGGGAAGGGGACAAAUGCCAAGCCCAGGAUGCUGUCCUUGCGCCUCUAUUGGUGGCUGGGACAUGACUCCGCACCAGCUGGGUUUUCUCCACAGGAGCCGGGGGAGCAGAGUAGAGCAGACCAGGGACCCCUCCCGGGGUCCUUUCCCCACCUGAGCCGAAAGGGAGACUCAGCCCCAACCCUGCACAAGGGGGGCCACCCCUCCCCAGGCUUCGAGGAAGUGCAGGGCCUGGGGAGGGGGCACAUGCCCCAUGGGGUGGGACCUCUGGAGCCUGGAUAUCUGGAAACCCCAGCACCCUCCUUCCUGUGUCUCCCCAGCUCCAAUGCAGCCCCCAUGUAGGGGACCCUGACACCCCACACCCAACCUUGUGCAUUGGGGGCUCAGGGUGAGGAUGUGGUGGGGUGCCUUGUGGGCAAAAUGGCUUGAAGAACCCUGGGCCCUGCCCACCCAUUUCAAACCUUUAACUUCUGAUUUUGAAAUCAGCUUAAUACUGCCCGGCUGGUGUGGC